ACCCCCGACUGAUUACAUCAAAGGAAAAAGAGAGAGGAAGUUUUAAAGGCACAGACACGUCUAGAAAACAGCAGACAGAGUCGCAGAUUCUACUCGUUUCACGGCCGGCGAUGGAUUCCGCGGCCGGGUCCUCGAACGCCCUGGUGCGCAAGAGGACCGACACAGAUCUGAUGCCGCCUCCGCCUCGCGCAAAGAAGAUCAAAAGACCCAGGAAGGUGCUGGAUGAGGACACUUACACCGAGGCGCUCUCUCAGAUCAUCGCAAGAGACUUCUUCCCGGGCCUAUUGGAGACGCAGAUCCAGCAGGAGUACCUGGACGCCAUGGAAUCGAAAGACGCUGCCUGGAUAUCAAGCGCCAGCCAGAGGCUUCGCCACGUCAUGACGCCUGGACGAAAAUCAACCUCAGCGCCAUCACUCAAUGCCACAAACGGCAGCAGGACUCCUACCAGCUUUGUGGGCGACACGCCAGCCUCUGUGGCAACAAGCGUUGCACAAGUCAAGCAGCGGCCGGACUUUAAUCUAAGCCUAUCCAAAUUCCAGGCCACCUACACCAGCGAGGAUAAUGAAAGCUUCUACAAGUUGAUCGACAAGCAAAACCAGAAGAAGGCUGAUAAGUACGCCUGGCUUUGGCGCGGCAACAAGCUUCCUUCUAAGCAGAUGAUCAAACAGAAAGAGGUCACAGAUAGACUGGAACAGACGCGAAGUCUUGUCGAUGACGGGUUCAAGAGAGACCGGUUGGCUAUUAAAGACAACGAUGAACGACUUGCGCAGCCAGAUUCUUGGAAAGUCGCCCCUCGGAAUGGCCUAAUGUUCCAGCCAGAAGGCCUAGAAGAUGGCGUCAAAACCGUUGCUGAAAGCACGGAGGAGCUGUCUCGCAUGGCGCCAAGGUCGAUCAGCUAUGAGAACACGCGGAUGCCGCAACCGCAUAUGCCACAGCGGCCCCCGUCACCAACCAUGUCGUCGGUUCGUGAUGCGAUUGCAGGCAGGCCGCGACGACACGACGCCGACUCCAGUAUUAUCGGAGGUGGUGAAACUCCUCGCGUGAAUGGCUACGCCUUUGUGGAUGAUGAAGACGACGAUAAUGAAGCUGCAUCUGCACGCCUUCCAGCACCGAUCAAUCUUGGGCCUGGAGACGCAAACAACCCCUUUAAGAUACAAGACCAGAGGAAGCGAGAGGUUCUUCAUGAACAAAUGGUGGAUCGAAUAUCCAAAUCCAAAAGCGAUUCUCAACGAAACGGAUUCACGGGAAAAGCUGCCAAGAUGGAGACGCCGAGAUUCACUAGCGGCCCGAGAUUAUCGGGAGGGCUGACACCGGCUGCCCAGAGGCUAUGGAACAAGAUGGCGACGCCGAUGAGAGGGAGAGCGGUAGAUUCCUUUGGACAGGCAACCCCCAGGAAGCCGAAAACCUCGUUCUUGAAGAGCGUCAGCAGAGUGCCACCCAAGUCAACAUGAUGCACACCUUAUUCUUCCAGCUUGGAGAAGACAUAUCAUUGUUUGGAAGCGAGAUUCUUGUUUGGAAGAGAUGCGACUACGCAUUGGAUAUGCUUAUUCUCUUGGGAAAAGAAUUUGGGAAAAGAAUGAUGUAACGUUUGAAGGCGCAGUUCUUUUAUAUCAAUCAGGCCCUUUUUUGAGCCCAUAUUAUUAGCGUGGAGUUUUAUUGGACAGGGAAAUUCGCAGGAAACCAUGCCUUGGUACACAUUUGGAGAUAUAUAUACACUAUCAAUAUGACUUGUAUAUCCAUUAGUUUAAUUUAGAACACAAUUCAGAACGCUCAUAAUUGCCUG